AUGUCAUCAUCAACAAUAGUUGUACCAGGUCAAUAUAUAACUCCAACUUAUAAACUACAAGAUAAUAAACAGAUAAAUUAUCAACCUGGUAGGGGUACAACAAUAGCACAGAUUGAAACAGGGGAUAAUUUAAAAAUACCCAUAAUUUCAUCAACUAUAUUAGGUUCAAUUCAUUAUUUUAAAAUUGAUGAUGAAAAUAUAAAAGUUAAUGUAAUACCGAAAGGUGAAAAGAUAAUAGAAGAAAAUGAUAUAUCAAAUGGUAUAAACUUACCAAAAGAGAAUGAUGUUGUCCUUGUUAAAAUUAAUAGAAUUACAAAAUUACAAAUUUAUUGUGAAAUUUUAUCAAUUGAAAAUAAAGGUAACAUUCUAAAAGAUUCAGGAAUUGGUUCAAAUGGAAGUUUAUCACAUGAAUCUAUACCUGCUGGAGGUGGAUCACAACAUAAUUUUAAUAUACAAACAAUUGCAUCAUCACAAUCUACUCAAUUAAAUAGUACAAUUUUUGACCUUGGUGAAAAUUUUAAAGGUAUUAUAAGAUUACAAGAUAUUAAAUCGACAAAUAGAGAUAAAAUUAAAAUUGAAGAAAAUUUUAAACCUGGUGAUAUUGUAAGAGCAAUUAUAAUAAGUUUAGGUGAUGGUACAAAUUAUUAUUUAAGUACAAGUAGAAAUGAUUUAGGUGUUGUAUUUGCAAAAUCAGAAAAUGGAAGUGGUAAUUUAAUGUAUCCAAUUGAUUGGCAAAACAUGAUUGAUAUAGAAACUGGAUUAAUUGAAAAGAGAAAGAAUGCAAAUCCAUUUAUAUAA